AUGGCUGAAUUACCAAAAUCUUAUUUAGGAGCUUAAGUUAUUGAAUCAGGAAAACCAUUAUAAAUCAAUGAAAUACAAAUUCCUGAAUUAUAAUAGGGAGAAGUAUUAAUAAGAGUAGAGGCAGCACCAAUAGAUUAACUUGAUCUUGUAAGUGCAGGAGCUGAAAAUUACUUAAAUAAACAAGUUCCUUUUGUAUUGGGAGCAGAAGGUUCAGGUAUAAUUGUAGCUAAACAGUAUAUCAUAUUAUUAAUACAAGUGAAUCUGUAUAGAAUCUAGAAAUAGGAUAGAAGGCAUCAUUUCUAACUCUUUCUAAAUUUGGAGCCUAUGGAUAAUAUUCAGUAGCUAAUAUUUCAUUUGUUUUACCACUACCUGAAAAUCUAAGUUUUGAACAAGGAGCUUCUGCAAUUGGAAAUCCAGUCACAGUGAUGUUAAUGUUAGAAGAAGCAAAAGAAUAGAAAGCCAAAGCUGUUAUAAAUACAGCUGCAGCUUCAGCUUUAGGAAGAUAGUUUGUUAGAUACUUUUAGAGUAAUGGAAUUGAAGUAAUAAAUAUCAUUAGAAGAAAAGAAUAAGAAAAUACAUUAAAAUAAGAUGGAGCUAAAUAUAUUCUCAAUUCAUCAGAUCCAAAUUUUUUAAAAGAUCUUGAAUAAUUGAUAACUGAAUUGAAGUAUUAAAUAAAGAUAUCAAUUUUAGAGUCACCUUAUUUUUUGAUGCCAUUGGAGGAGAAAUCACAGGGAAAAUCUUUAAAUUACUUCCAAGUGGAUCAAUCACAUAUAUUUAUGGAAUGCUCUCUGGUACUAAUUUUGAAAUUGAUGGAAAAGAAAUACUUACAAGAGGAAAGAUCAUAAAAAAUUUUAGUCUUUUAUCAACUAAACAUCCAUUUAAUCCUUUUUCACAUCAAGAGGCAUUGUCAAGACUUCAUGAACUAUUAUAAAGUCAAUUAUAGACUCAUUAUCAUAAAUAAUAUUCGUUGAAUUAAAUUAAUGAAGCAUUAGAAGAUUAAAAAUAAAAUGGUUCAAUAGGAAAAGUUUUAAUAAGACCAAAUAAAUGAAUA